AUGUGGAGAAAACCCGGAAAACGCCAUGUGGACAGCCCGUCUGAGCGAGGUGAUACAUUUUCUAGUUUAUCUGGAAUUGAAUUUGAAUGGACAUUCUCAGGACCAAAUAACUCCAGUUUACAAUUUUUAAAUUUUGUUGAUUCUUCAUAUAACUAUGGAUUAUCAUCAUUUUACUGGGAGAAAUUAAAUUCUAGAGGAUCAUUAGUUUUAACUCGGGGAAGAGAAAUAGGAAUAGGAAAGAUUUUUGUUCGACCAAAAAAUCCAAUUUAUGCUGAUAUAAAAACUGAAGAAAGAGAAAUUGUAAUAAAAAGUAAUAUUAGAUUCAAAAAGGAAAUUUUAUAUCUUCUCCCUGGAAGUAAAUGUAAACUUGUGGCUGAAAUUGUAAGAGAAGGAAAACAUUUUGAUGUAACAGCUUUGCCAGAUGAUUAUGUUUUAAAAGUGAGAAAUUCAAGUGUAAUAGAAGUUACAAAUAAAUUUGAUGUCACAGCAAAACUUAAUGGAAAAUCUGUAGUUCGUUUUGCAAGAAAAAAUGUCAAAGAGAGUAAAAGAUUAUAUUCGGCUCUUUCAAUUUAUGUUGUUGAACCAAGCUAUAUGACACUGCAUAUUUUGCCAGAAAAUAAUUGGGCUCUUCAUGAAAUGAAUGUAUAUAUUAUCACAGUUAAACUUUUUGAUAUUUAUCAUCAUCAGAUUUCCUUAUCAGAUAAUGUUUAUACUUAUGUGCAAUUUCCAUCUAAAAGUUUUCAUGUGAAUUAUUCAUCUCCAAAUGGUACAUAUCAUGUGGUUCAAGCUACAGUUGCUGGAUCUGGUUUUAUUAAUGCUUAUUUAGUUGGAGUUAAAAAUGAAAAUGGAGAAAAGGUUAAAUUUCAGCCAGAAAUACGGACUUCUCAACAAUAUAUUAUUUACCAAAGUUUGCAAAUUUUUCCGUCUGUGUUACUUUUGCCUUGGGAGUCUUCAAUUGAGAUUAAUCACACAGUUUCUUUUAAAGUUUUAGGAGGUAGUGGGUUUUAUAAAUGGUCUUCCACAGAUACUGAUAUUGGAAGCAUUAGCUAUUCAUCUGGUAAAAAAAGUAAUAUUGCUACUGUAGUCAUAAGAAAGAUAGGAGAAAUUAAUAUUACUGUGGCUGAUGCACAAAAUGAAUUUCUCCACAAUAUGGCUAAAAUAUCUGUUCAACCCAUUGCUGAUCUUGAAAUUAUGCCAACAAUAUUGGAAACACAAGUAAAUAAUGAUGUGAUUGUACCAGUUUCUUUGUAUGGCUAUGAAGAUGAAGCCAAAACAAAAUUUAAAGUAUUUGAUGAAUGUUCAAAAAUACCACUAAAUGUUGAAGUUGUAGAUAAAGCAAGAUUCACUUAUGUGAAAGGUGAGUGA